ACCCUAAAUCUGCAUAUAACCUCUUUUCCUCUUCACUACACUCCAUCGAUCUCAUCUCACUGUAAUAACUCUACUCUUCCACCCUCCGAUUACAUUCAUUCCCUCGUUUUCAUCUUCGCUAGACGGCGACUCAACCCUGAAAAUAUGUUAGAUAUCAAUCUCUUCCGAGUUGAAAAGGGUCACAACCCUGAAAUCAUCCGUGAAUCUCAACGCCGUCGUUUUGCCAGCGUCGAAGUAGUUGACGAAGUUAUUAAUCUCGACAAAGAAUGGCGAAAACGUCAAUUCGAGUUUGAGAAUCUCCGUAAAGAAGUCAACAAAAUCAAUAAGGAAGUUUCCAAACUCAAGCGAGGUGGUGAAGAUGCAACCGAGUUUAUUGCUAAAUCUGAAGAGAUUAAGAAAAAGAUAGCUGAAAAAGAGGUUGAGGCUCAGGAAACCCUAAACCUCUUGAAUUCUAAAUUGGAAACCAUUGGAAACCUCGUUCAUGAUUCUGUUCCCAUCAGCAAUGAUGAGGCUAAUAAUCUUGUCGUCCGAACAUGGGGUGAGAAAAGAGAUGAACCGAAGCUCAAGAAUCAUGUGGAUCUUGUUGACUUGCUUGAGAUAGCUGAUUUGAAGAAAGGAGCCGAUGUUGCUGGAGGUAGAGGUUUCUAUCUCAAAGGAGAUGGUGUUUUUCUUAACCAAGCUCUAAUCAUGUUUGGGCUUAAUUUUUUGGCGGAAAGGGGAUAUACUGCAUUACAUACUCCAUUCUUCAUCAAGAAAGAUAUAAUGUCCAAGUGUGCUCAACUAGCCCAAUUUGAUGAAGAGCUUUACAAGGUAACCGGGGAAGGAGAUGAUAAGUAUCUGAUUGCAACAGCAGAACAACCUCUGUGUGCAUAUCAUUCAGACGAAUGGAUCCAUCCUACCCGUCUACCCCUAAGGUAUGCUGGAUAUUCAUCUUGCUUUCGUAAAGAAGCUGGAUCUCAUGGUCGGGAUACUUUAGGAAUCUUCCGAGUUCACCAGUUUGAGAAGGUGGAGCAGUUUUGCAUGACUACCCCAAAUGAUAAUGAUUCAUGGGACAUGCAUGAGGAAAUGCUCAAAAACUCCGAGGACUUCUACAAAGCGCUGAACAUUCCCUAUCAAAUUGUGUCCAUCGUAUCUGGAGCUUUGAAUGAUGCCGCAGCUAAGAAGUAUGAUCUAGAAGCAUGGUUUCCAGCUUCUAAAACAUACAGGGAGUUGGUGUCCUGUUCAAAUUGUACAGACUACCAAGCCCGUAAAUUAGAAAUUCGAUACGGACAGAAGAAGAGCAAUGAGCAGUUGAAGCAAUAUGUUCAUUUGUUGAACUCCACUCUCACGGCUACUGAAAGGACCAUUUGCUGCAUACUAGAGAACAACCAGAAGGAGGAUGGAGUAGAGAUACCAGAAGUCCUUAGGCCGUUCAUGUUUGGAAAAACUUUCCUGCCAUUCAAGAACCAACCGAAUAAUGAAGCCAAAGGGAAGAAAUCGAAGGCCUAAUUUGCAUUUUUUUUUAGUCAAUGAUAUUUUAGAAGAAAUCGUUCGGAAUUGUAGGCGAUGACCACUGUUAUUCCUCCAUCAUAACCUGUUUGUGCAGAAAAGACAUAGAUCAUAUUUUGUAACUCAUCAAACCUUGUGUUAAAUUCACUCUGUUGUGGUAGCUUAUACAUUUUGAAAGAUUAAGACUCUGGAUCAGAUGUCCAGUUUUGGUUGAAAAGUUCUGUGACAAAAAAUGUCAAAGCAUGUUUAAUUUUGUUGCUUGAAAA